AUGGUACAACAAGAGCACAGUGAUGUAAAAAUGGAGCUAAACGAGCGUCUUCUACUUUCUUUACUGCCUGCUCACAUUGCCAUGGAAAUGAAAGCAGAGAUCAUUCAGAGGUUACAAGGUCCUAAGGCAGGCCAGCUGGAAAACACCAACAACUUCCACAAUUUGUAUGUUAAAAGGCACACCAAUGUAAGCAUCUUGUAUGCCGAUAUCGUGGGAUUCACUCGCCUGGCCAGUGACUGCUCGCCAGGGGAAUUGGUGCACAUGCUAAACGAGCUGUUUGGCAAGUUUGAUCAGAUUGCAAAGGAAAAUGAAUGUAUGAGAAUUAAAAUCCUAGGUGACUGCUAUUACUGUGUUUCUGGACUACCUAUAUCACUUCAAAAUCAUGCCAAGAAUUGUGUGAAAAUGGGACUGGACAUGUGUGAAGCCAUUAAGAAAGUGAGAGACGCAACUGGAGUUGAUAUUAAUAUGCGUGUAGGAGUGCACUCAGGGAAUGUGCUUUGUGGUGUUAUCGGGCUACAGAAGUGGCAAUACGAUGUGUGGUCACACGAUGUUACUCUGGCAAAUCACAUGGAAGCUGGAGGAGUCCCAGGCCGCGUUCACAUCACCUCAGUCACCUUGGCACAUUUGAAUGGAGCUUACAAAGUGGAAGAUGGGGAUGGAGAUGUGAGGGACCCAUAUCUGAAAGAGCAUAAUGUUAAGACUUACUUUGUAAUCAAUCCUAAGGGAGAGAAGCGAAGCCCUCAGCACCACAUUAGACCUCGGCAUACUCAUGAUGGAGCCAAAAUGAGAGCUUCUGUCCGCAUGACCCGGUACCUGGAAUCUUGGGGAGCAGCCAAGCCAUUUGCACACUUGCACCACAGGGACAGCAUGACCACUGAAAACGGCAAGAUUAGCACAACAGAUGUUCCCAUGGGGCAAUAUAAUUUUCAGCGUUGCAGAGAGAGAACAAAAUCACAGAAAAGAAAGUUUGAGGAGGAACUGAAUGAGAGGAUGAUCCAGGCCAUUGACGGAAUCAAUGCUCAAAAGCAGUGGCUUAAAUCUGAAGACAUUCAAAGAAUAUCUCUUCUUUUCUACAAUAAGACUCUGGAAAAAGAAUAUCGAGCAACUACUCUGCCUGCAUUUAAGUAUUAUGUGACUUGUGCCUGUCUGAUAUUCUUCUGCAUUUUUGUUGUGCAGAUUCUGGUAUUGCCAAAAACAUCUAUCCUUGGAAUUUCAUUUGGGGCUGCGUUUCUCUUGCUUUCCUUCAUUUUGUUUAUCUGCUUUGCUGGACAGCUUUUG